AUGGAGCCUAACGACAGGACUCAAUACGUAGUUCGAUGCUACCGCGCACUAAUUGCAGAUCUAUGCCAGCAAUUCAACAUGGGCCACCCAGGCUCGGCGAUGGGUAUGGCAGCAAUCGGCGUAGCGCUCUGGAAGUAUGUGAUGAAGUACUCGCCCAAGAACGCCGACUUCUUCAACCGAGACCGCUUCGUCCUUUCCAAUGGCCAUGCGUGCCUGUUCCAAUACACGUUCCUACAUUUGACGGGAUACCAAGCCAUGACCUUUGAGCAACUAUCUAGCUAUCACAGCGAGCGAUGGGACUCCUACACGCCUGGCCACCCGGAGAUCGAGCAUGAGGGCAUCGAAGUCACGACUGGACCGCUAGGCCAGGGUAUCGCCAACGCUGUAGGCCUGGCGAUGGCGACGAAGCAUCUUGGCGCUGUCUACAACCGGCCUGGCUUCGAAAUGGUCAACAACAUGACGUGGGUUACGAUCGGCGACGCAUGCCUGCAAGAAGGCGUCGGCAUGGAAGCGAUUCAACUUGCCGGACAUUGGAGACUCGACAAUCUCUGUGUGAUCUACGACAACAACCAGAUCACCUGUGACGGCUCAGUCGACAUAUGCAUGGCGGAAGACGUCAACAUGAAAAUGCGCGCCAGCGGUUUCGAAGUGCUCGAGGUCGAAGACGGCAACCAUGACGUCGAAAGCAUUGUCAAGGCGCUUGUGGCUGCCCGGGCUAACAAGAAGAGGCCAACGUUCAUCAAUAUCAAGACCACGAUCGGCGUCGGCAGUAAAAAGCAAGGCAUAGCUGACGUUCAUGGCGCGCCGCUUGGCAAGGAGGAUGUAGCUCACAUCAAGGAGAGCUUUGGACUCGACUCCAGCAAAAUUCUAGAGGUGCCGCAAGAAGUGUAUGACUUCUUCCGGGAGGCCGUUCCGCGUGGGCAGCAGCUCGAGAAGGACUGGAAUGGCUUGCUUUCUAAGUAUAGUAAAGAGCACCCAGAUCUGGCGGCGGACCUCAAGAAGCGCAUGAAUGGAGAGAUGCUUGACGACUGGACAAAGUACAUCCCGAAGAAGGAGGACUUCCCCACUGAGCCGACACCAUCACGCAAGUCAGCUGGGGCAGUCUGCAACCCGCUGGCGAAGAACGUAGGUAACUUCAUGGUCGGCACGGCUGACCUCACACCCUCGGUCAACAUGGCUUGGAAGGGUAAGGUCGACUUCCAACAUCCAGAUCUUCGAACUGCUUGCGGCAUCAAUGGCGACUACACUGGUCGCUACCUCCACUGGGGUAUCCGCGAGCACGCCAUGGCAUCCGUGUCGAACGGUAUGGCGGCGUUCAAGAAGGGAUGCAUCCUGCCGGUCACGUCUAGCUUCUUCAUGUUCUACAUCUACGCAGCGCCGGGAGUGCGGAUGGGUGCGCUGCAGAGUCUGCAGGUCAUCCACAUUGCUACCCACGACUCCAUCGGCACGGGUGAAGACGGACCGACGCAUCAGCCCAUCGAGCUUGCGGCGCUGUACAGGGCUAUGCCAAACUUCCUCUAUAUCCGCCCUUGUGAUGGCGAAGAGGCGGCUGGUGCCUUCAUUGCCGCUGUCGGCGCCAAAAACACGCCUUCCAUGAUCUCCGUUGCGCGCCAGAACGUCGAGCAGUUCCCGAAGUAUUCGAGCCGCGAGGGCGUGCAGAAGGGAGCCUAUGUCUUCAUCGAGGAGCAAGAUGCGGACGUCACGCUUAUCGGUGUCGGCGCAGAGAUGACCUUCGCAGUCGGCGCCGCGAAGGUAUUGAAGGACAAGCACGGUAUCAAGGCUCGCAUCGUCAGCUUCCCGUCGCAACGUCUCUUCGAGGAGCAACCGAUAGAAUACAAGCGUGAAGUCCUGCAAUAUCGCUCCAACGCACCGCGCGUCAUCAUCGAAGCAUAUACUGUCAACGGCUGGGAACGGUACGCCGAUGCUGGGUACUCGAUGCACACUUUCGGCCAUUCUUUGCCACGACAAUAUGUGUAUGGCCGCUUCAACUUCGACAACGACAAGAUCGCCGCCAAGAUCCAGCCAUUGGUGCAGGAGGUGAAGAAGAACGGUAUCGAGAGCCUGAGGGGAGAGUUCCGGGAUCUCAAUACCGACUACCCGCGCGACGUCUUUCAUAGCGCGUUUGGAACCAGUCAUGUAGUGUCAUAA